AUGGAGAACAUACUAGAACCGAGCAGCUCGGACGACAACAUGCCAUCGGAUAAUAAGAAAGAUCUGCAGUCGCUGCUCUCGUCAGAAGAUGAUUUCUUCGAUCCUCCGCCAUUGUCCAGCCGACGAGACUCGUCCGGGAACGAAGAUAAACCCGACCUGCGGCCGGAAUUUGAGGACAUCAUAAUGCCGGAAAUGGGACACGACAACAGUAUACCAAUGCUAGUAAAGGAACAGAAAGAUCGCGAACGUGACAAGCGCAAGGAAACUAAAAGCAAACGCGAACUAGAGGAGGAAGAGCUUGAAAAGAUGCAGGUACUCGUUUCGAACUUUACCGAAGGGCAGCUGGAUCGAUAUGAAAUGUAUCGCCGGGCAGCUUUUCCCAAGGCGGCCGUAAAGCGCCUGAUGCAAACCAUUACGGGGUGUUCGGUUUCGCAGAAUGUUGUGAUUGCCAUGUCCGGUAUAGCGAAAGUGUUCGUAGGCGAAGUCGUUGAAGAGGCUCUGGAUGUGAUGGAACGGGCUGGCGAAUCCGGCGCCAUUCAACCGAAGUAUUUACGCGAAGCGGUUCGGCGACUGAGAAACCGUGGACACAUCCCAACCGGGCGAGGACACAAGCAGUUUUUUAAGCUUAACUAA